AUGAGACUUGGGAAUGCACGUACAAUUGACGAGUUCACCAGAUUGCAACAAUUUGCAAAGUGGAUAGCAAGUGUGGGAGAUGGGAUACUAGGAGGUCCAAAUGAUGGUGAAGUGGAUAUUGAGCUUCCAGAUGACAUUCUCAUUAAAUAUUCAGGAGAUCCUAUUGCUGCUAUAGUCGAUGAGAUUUAUUCAUCAUUCAGCAGUUGCAGUGACAAUCCAACCUAUUUGCUGGAACGAGCUAUUUUGGCGCCCACACUAAACGUGAUUGAGUCUAUAAAUCAAUACAUGGUUUCAUUGAAUGAGUGUGAAGGCAGACAAUAUUUAAACUCAGAUAAGACAUGCACAACAGACUCUACUUCAUCGUUGCUCCAUGACAUACAUACGCCUGAGUUCCUAAAUAGUCUUAAAUGUUCUGGUGACCCCAAUCAUGAACUAUACUUGAAAGUUGGAACUCCAGUCAUGCUAUUGAGGGAUAUAGAUCAUGCAAAUGGCUUGUGCAAUGGCACUAGAUUGGUUAUUACCAGACUGGAGAGUCACGUAUUGGAAGCCAAAGUUAUAACUGGUCACAAUGCUGGAAACAAAGUUCUUAUUCCAAGAAUGUCAUUGACACCAUCAGAUCCAAGAUUGCCGUUCAGAUUUCAGAGAAAACAAUUUCCUGUCAUAGUCUCUUAUGCAAUGACAAUAAUUAAACAAAAGCCAAGGUCAAUCAUUAACCCACGUUGGAUUAUUUUUGAAAAGACCAGUGUUUAG